CCGUGCGGUGAGGCCGCUGGCGGGACCCGAGCUGCGGCGCUGGCAGCUGGGGUGACCUAUCCUGUUUGUGUGGGUACGCUUCGUGGCGAUGGCCUCUUUCGUGACAGAAGUCUUGGCCCACUCGGGGAGCCUGGAGAAGGAGGAUCUGGGCACCAGGAUCAGCCGCCUGACCCGGCGGGUGGAGGAGAUCAAGGGUGAGGUGUGCAAUAUGAUCAGCAAGAAGUACAGUGAGUUCCUGCCUACCAUGCAGAGUGCGCAGGCCCUAGUUACCCAGGUGGACACUCUAUCUAAUGACAUUGACCAGCUGAAAUCCAGGAUAGAGACUGAGGUCUGUCGGGAUCUUCACAUAUCAACUGUUGAAUUUACAAACUUGAAGCAGCAGCUGGAAAGAGACUCUGUAGUCCUAACUCUGCUCAAACAACUCCAAGAGUUUUCCUCUGCUAUUGAAGAGUAUAAUAGUGCGUUGGCAGAGAAGAAGUACAUCCCUGCUGCUCGGCACCUGGAGGAGGCUCAGGAGUGCUUGAAGCUAUUAAAAUCCAGAAAAUGCUUUGACUUAAAAAUGCUGAAGUCUCUCAGCAUGGAGCUCACCGUGCAGAAGCAGAACAUACUCUACCACCUGGGCGAAGAUUGGCAGAAGCUGGUUGUAUGGAAGUUUCCGCCGUCAAAAGUUCAGAGUAAACGCCAUCCUGCUCUGUUUCCUUGGGUGUUGAUGAUUGUCCCCAUGGCCGUGAUUUCAGGUCAGAUGUUGCUGAAGUAUAUCCUUAAGCCUCUGGUGACUUGCCCGUCGCUCCAUGCUGUGAUUGAAAGGCAGCCGAGUUCGGUUAACAUUUGUUUCGAGUCUCUGACUACGGACUUGGAACACCCAUCACCACCUGAAGCUUUUGCAAAGAUCCGAUUGGUCCUGGAAGUGCUCCAGAAACAGCUUCUAGAUUUGCCUCUUGAUGCUGACCUAGAAAUUGGAAAAGUCCCUGGGAUCGUGUUGGCGGAGAUGCUUGGUGAGGGGAUCUGGGAGGACCUUUCUGAGUGCCUCAUCAGAAACUGCCUGGUUUACUCUAUUCCCACAAACAGCAGCAAGCUCCAGGAAUACGAAGAGAUUAUACAGUCCACAGAAGAAUUUGAAAAGUUCCUAAAGGAGAUGAGGUUUUUAAAAGGAGAUACUACUGACUUGCUGAAAUAUGCUCGCAAUAUCAAUUCUCACUUUGCUAAUAAGAAGUGCCAGGAUGUGAUUGUGGCGGCUAGAAAUCUAAUGACCUCUGAGAUUCACAACACUGUUAAGAUUGGUCCCAAUUGUAAGGAAGCCUUACCAGUCUUACCCAGUCCUGAUGCUGAUCACAAGCGACAAGUACAGAAGGUCUGCAAAGUGCAGCUCACUGAAGCCGGGAACCUAGAGCCUGAGACUUCACUGGACCCUCAGUCCUUUUCUUUACCCACGUGCCGCAUCAGCGAGGCUGUGAAGAAGUUAAUGGAGCUCGCUUAUCAGACUUUACUUGAGGCAACAACAAGUAGCGACCAAUGUGCUGUCCAGCUCUUCUACUCAGUGAGGAAUAUCUUCCAUUUGUUCCAUGAUGUGGUGCCAACAUACCACAAGGAGAACCUUCGGAAGCUCCCCCAGUUGGCUGCCAUUCACCACAACAACUGCAUGUAUAUUGCUCACCACUUGCUGACCCUCGGUCAUCAGUUCAGAUUGCGGCUCGCCCCCAUCCUUUGUGAUGGCACGACCACCUUUGUGGACCUUGUACCUGGCUUCAGAAGACUUGGGACGGAGUGUUUUUUGGCCCAAAUGCAGGCACAGAAAGGAGAACUUCUGGAGAGAUUAUCAAGUGCUAGAAGCUUUGCGAACAUGGACGACGAAGAGAAUUACUCUGCAGCGAGCAAGGCAGUGAGGCAGGUGCUGCACCAGCUAAGGAGACUUGGGAUCGUGUGGCAGGAUGUCCUGCCAGUGAACAUAUACUGCAAGGCCAUGGGGACCUUGCUGAACACAGCGAUUGCUGAGAUGAUGAGCAGAAUCACUGCUCUAGAGGACAUCUCGACUGAAGAUGGUGAUAGAUUGUAUUCCCUGUGCAAAACAGUGACGGAUGAAGGUCCACAAGUGUUUGCACCUCUGUCUGAUGAAAACAAAAACAAGAAAUACCAAGAAGAGGUUCCCGUCUAUGUGUCCAAAUGGAUGCCUUUCAAAGAACUCAUGAUAAUGCUACAAGCUAGCUUGCAAGAAAUUGGAGAUCGGUGGGCAGAUGGAAAAGGGCCCCUGGCAACUGCAUUCCCUUCCAGCGAAGUCAAAGCUUUAAUCCGUGCCUUGUUCCAGAACACAGAAAGAAGAGCAGCUGCCCUUGCUAAGAUUAAAUAGCUCCUCCUUGGAGGAAGCCUCUCCUGACUCUGGGUUCCUCCUUUGGUGUAAUUAUUUCCUUCAAAACCUCUCGGAAUUACUCGUUGGUUUUGGUGAGCCAGUAUAUCAUGGAAGCGUAACUUCACAUAAGGAUAUCCUUGCCUGGACGAAGGUUUUCUGAACUGGACAUUACGAUGAUCAAUUUACACAAAGCACUGGUGGGUUCAUUGACUGUUGCUGCUGUCCCUUGUCAAGUAUGAGUCUGCUCCACAGUGUGAUUUGUUCCCAGGCCCUCUUGAGAGUUGUAUACAUUAUAAUUUUAGACCCUGGCUUUGGACAUUCCAAAGUUAGGGUUCAGAAUUUGUAAAAUACAUUUUUGAGGGGGGUAGGUUGGGUAUUAAGGGCACAUUACUUGUUCUUACAAGAAUUACGGAAACCUCUUACAAUAUUUCUUUCCAGUAAAUAGUGCGUUUCAGA